CCAUGCAUCAGUUGCUUCCACUACUGAACUACAAAACUUGGUGGUUGUGUUGUUGUUGUCUCUGAGAGAGAGAGAGAGAGAGAGGGAGAGAGAGUUACAUGUGCUUGACUACGGAUUUUCCAUAAUGACCAAAAAGGAGAGCAUGUGAGAGAGACGGGCAUCAUUAGGGGGAAUCUCUGCUAAAAAUGAUAGGAUUGCCAAGGAAGACAAGCACAGCAAUACGUGUUUAAGAGUCUCCUUUUGCAGAGGGAAUUAAUGGAGGAGAGAGAGAGAGAGAGGAAUCCGGGAACAGAGAAGUAAAAGAAGGCCCAGGGCAACUACCAGGCUCAGGGGUUCCUUGGAGUAGCAUUAAAGACUUGGGACUGAAGCACACACCUCUGCACCUUCUUCUCCAACGCAUCCCGAGCAACCCCCACAAAAGCACAUCAUUUUCUUCAAGGAUGGAGCAAAAAGGAACCGAAUUUAUAGCCAGAAAGUUGCAUUCAUUGCCUGCUCUGAUGUUCCUGGCUUGAACAAGGAAACACCCCAAAUGGGUUGCGGGCUAAAGAUUUCCCUCAUGAUUUCCCUCAUCAUCACCUUCUUCAUUUUCUUGCUCCUGUCCUUUCAAAGUGCCCACUCUCUGCUUGAUGAUGGUUCUUUCAACGCAGCUGAAAAGACCAAUCUUCGUGGCUGGGAAAAGCUGUAUUUCAAUGGGGGAGAAAGAGAAAAUGGCAAUGCAAACCGGGUUGAGAUCGAGAAAGUCUCGGGCAAGGAUGAGAGAGACGAGGAGGGAGAUUUUACUGUGGUGGAGAAGUUCAGGGCUUUGCUUGGAGUGGAGAGGUUGAACACAAAAAGGCCGCCAUUUGGGCUUCCUGAAUACGUCUCACCUUCACCUUCACCUUCACCUUCACCUUUACCCUCACCUACACCUUCACCAUCUCCUAGUGAAGCUCAAGCUCCAUCUCCUGCUCCUUCAGUGCACACUCACCCACGUUCUCAUCAUCCUCCACCACAUUAUAGAGCAAAGCCGCAACACGACACACUUCGCAAGGAGGCUAACGACAAGAGCCGUGUUUUGGCUGCUGUUCUUGUGCCUACAGGAGUUGCGUUUUUAGGCUGUGUUCUCGGGCUUGUAUGCUUCUUCGGGAAAUCCAGGAAGCACAACAGAAGCAGGAGUGUCAAGAAUUUCUUGACAUGUGGUAAGAAAGGAAGAGGAAACAGAGGCAGAUCAAAGCAUGCGAGUACGAAGAACUCGGCGAGCAAGGUAAGCUUCAAUCCUGGCCUCGAUCUUUUUUAUCUGGAGUCGUUGGGAGUGGAUUUGGAACAGCAGUCUUUGAAACGGAGUUCUGAAUCUGUCACUAGUUCACCAUUGCAUAGCACUUACCAAGCUAGGCUAGAGACUAAAGCGCUAAACCAAGAGCCGGUGAAAUUGGAAUCGGAUAACACUAGUAGUUCUUCCACUAGGGAAAUUACGUCGGUUCACGAGGAUGCGGAGUCGGUAAAGUAUGACCCAGACGGUGGCAAUUCUCCUUUAGCCAGUGACAAUAAUAUUCCCACUGAAAAUCAUUCAUCUGACGAUGAAUCUUUUCAUUCUUUUGGGGAUUCACAUUCACCCGAGGCACGGGUGUCGGAUGCUUUGCAAUGUAGUGUUAGCAGCGAAACAUUGGAAAUUUUGUCUCGAAACUCAUCUAGGUCAAUAACACCUUCCCUAGCCAACUCAAUGGAUACAUCGAAUGCACAAGGUCCUUGCAACAAUACCAAACAGAUUAAUGCUACAGAUGUAGGUCCAGUAGAAUGUCAAAUGACUCCAAUUGCUCAAGGCCCGCCACCUCCGCCUCCUCCACCACCUCCGCCGCCACCGCCCUCUCUGCUUCCCCGUUUUCAUUUUUCCUCCCCAAGUUCUUCCACCAGAACUGCUCGUAAGUCUCCACCAUUUUCGACACAUAAAGACUUGUCACCUUCUAGGAACUCAGAUUCUUGUUCAGGAUCAGAGUUUACUCCCAAGAGUGACUUGGUUCAAUUGCCCAUGAUGAAUCCCAAACCAGCACAAUGUCCACCAGGAAUUCCGUCACCGCCAUGCCUGCCACCACUUUUUAAACGAAACACUAGCUUUGCGAAAGGCCCUCCUCCAUCAUCUCAACUUGCUCAGUUUAUGCCGACAACGGGCAAAGAUGGAGCGCCUCUGCCAAAACUGAAGCCACUCCACUGGGACAAAGUAAGGGCCACGCCGGAUCGUUCCAUGGUGUGGGACAGGCUGAGGUCAAGCUCGUUCGAGUUGGACGAGGAGAUGAUAGAAUCGCUUUUCGGUUACAAUUUACAAAAUCCAUUGAAAAUUGAUGAGGUGAGAAGUGGAACGCCUUCCCCGAGUAAGCAUCUCCUUGAGCCAAAGCGGCUACAUAAUAUUACCAUACUUUCCAAGGCCUUAAAUGCGAGCCCUGAGCAAGUUUGCAAUUCAUUAAUUCAAGGAAACGGUUUGUCACAGCAACAGCUAGAGGCAUUGGUGAAGAUGGUGCCAACCAAGGAAGAAGAGGCUAAGCUCAAUGGCUACAAGGGAAACAUAGAUGAACUGGGAUCGGCAGAAAAGUUCAUUAAGUCAUUGCUUAGCAUUCCGUUUGCAUUCCAACGUGGGGAAGCCAUGCUCUAUAAAGAGACUUUUGAUGAUGAAAUUGCCCAUCUAAAAAAUUCUUUCUUAGUGCUAGAGGAGGCCUGCAAGGAGCUCAGAUCAAGUAGGCUCUUCUUGAAGCUGCUUGAGGCAGUGCUCAAGACAGGAAACAGGAUGAAUGUCGGAACGAUCCGAGGAGGUGCCAAGGCAUUCAAGCUCGAUGCUCUGCUCAAACUCGCUGACGUCAAAGGAACAGAUGGCAAGACUACUUUACUCCAUUUUGUUGUCCAAGAAAUGGUCCGUUCAGAAGGAAUCCGAGUCUCGGAUAGCAUCAUGGGAAAGAUUGAUCAGAAGAGCAGGAACCGAACCGCUGAAGAGAAGGAAGAGGACUACCGAAGAAUGGGGCUCGAUCUUGUGGCUGGUUUAAGCACCGAGCUAUACAAUGCGAAGAAGACGGCCACGAUCGAUCUGGAUGUGCUCACUAGCUCGCUCUCGAACUUAUCAGACGGGUUGACUAAACUGAAAAGGCUAGUGAAUAAGGAAUUAGGCACGGACGAAAAGGGCGAGAAAUUCGUUCACUCGAUGAGAUUAUUCACAACCUAUUCGGAGAAGAGCCUGAAGGAGCUGAAGGAAGAUGAAGACAGAGUGCUUUUGCAUGUCAGAGAGGUCACAGAGUACUUUCAUGGAGAUGUGAGCAAAGAAGAGGCCAACCCACUUCGCAUAUUUGUGAUUGUGAGGGACUUCUUGGGGAUGUUGGAUCAUGUGUGCAAAGAGCUGAGAUGUCUCAAAGUCCCUAGCAGUUCCAAUCCUCUCUCUCCUUUCAGAUAGAUCAAAUUGAUUCGUGCUCUUUGCCUGUUUUCAUUGUGUGUAAUCUGUAAGUGCAUUCACUAGGAAUUAGGAUUGUAACACAAAUUUUCUGUGUGUGUGUGUAAAGUUUUGUGUUGUUCAGAUUGACAUUUACCAACUUCAACCCUAUUAUGAUUAAAAAAAAUGUCAAUGUUAGCGCACCCAAAAAUAAAAAUAUUGCGGUAUUAAUCUAGGGUUGGGAAUGAACCAAAUUUUGGAAGAGUGACAAUACUACUCAACAAUAGUUUCUGAAAGGAAUGGGGAGAACAAUUGAUGGUCAUCCAUAAUUUCAUGAUUCUCAAUCUGAUUUAGAGUCUUUAUAAUAUAACUCUGUCAAGUGGAACACAAAACAUUUAUAGCCCUCGACAAGAGCGGAGGAACCUCGGGUCGCUCUGGGGAGUCAGGACAGUCAGGACGAAGAAUCCGACGCCGAGUUGUAGAAAAGAGUUAGACAUUAGGCAUGGAAUUCUUUUUCCUUAAAAGCUUUUAGUCCUUUCCUCUUGUUUUGUUUUGCUUUCAUUUCGCCAAAUUCUUUGUGCAUUAGGAUUCUUUUCCAGUAGACGGUAUCGAAACCGGCAGGAGAAAUCAUCAUUCUUUGUCCUAGGCUGGCUUAGGAUCAUUUUGAGAAUCUGAGAAGCAUUACUUUUUCAUUUGUCCAUCAGUAAGUAGCCACCUUAGUUGAGCUACUCAGCACUUAAGGAUAGAGAGGAUUCAAGUUUUCAGCCAUGACCCAAGUGCCUGAAUUCCCAAUUUCAGAUCCAGGCAAAGAGAAAAUCUGGGAGUAUUUCUCUAGAUGUGCAUCAGAAAUUGCAGAAAGAGCAAUAUUGAUUUCAGAUUCCUGAUGUUACAGCAUAACCCGUUGUGAGAAAAAGUCUGUACCAACAAAAUUUCCCAUAGUGGAAGCUAAAGGAGUUAGUUUCCUACAAGCAAGUGAUUGCCCCCACCAAAGGCAAAGAAUCUUAAGUCAGACCCAACAUUGCUUUUAAAACUUCUCUGUCUCUUACCUUCUCCUCUUCCUCUUGGACCAUAAAGAAAACCCACCGCAAAUUUCUAUGGACUAUGGCCGCGCGGUCUGCGCCGUGAUCGGCUUCUCGGCGUCGUUCAUCCUCUGCGUACCCAGCAUCAAGUGGUGGCAGAAGCGAUUCCGCACGCUCGAGAAGCUGCGGAUCGUGUCUGAGGCGCUUGAGCGAGCGGACGAGAGGGCGGCGAGGUCCCAGGAGAGGCACGACCGGCUCCUCGGCCAAGUGUGCUCGUUCUACUUGGCCAACAAGGAGUUGGAGGAGGCGCUCGGCGGCGCGAGGAGGGCCAUGGACGAGGCCAUGGAGUUCGCCGGUGGCCUGAGGAAGAUGCAGAUGAAGCUGAUCAGCUCUUUUCCUGAUGAUGUUGAUUUGGUUGUGGCCAUAGAGAGGGUUCAUUGACUAGUGCUAGUGCACAAGGAAGGCAAAUAACUGUAAACUGUCUUUGGCUCCCCCAUUUUUUGGAAUCUUUUCCAUUUUAACUAAUUUUUUUUUAUUUGUAAGAGAAGAAAUUAAUUGGGGGAUAAAAAAGAUUUAAGUAUAGUUGCCCUAUGAAAAAUUUAGAUCUUUCAUUUUUUUUC